AUCCAACAUACACCUUUGUAUUAUUUCCACUACACCCACGAUUUCCCCCCUUUUUCUUAGUUACCAAAAGUUGUCCUCUCAAAAACUCGAAGAUGAACAAUUCCCAGAGCGCGAGCUACCAAGCCGGCCAAGCCAAGGCCCAAACUCAGGAGAAAGCUAGCGGCUUGAUGGACAAGGCGAGCAAUGCUGCCCAGUCUGCCAAAGAAUCCGCCCAAGAGGCUGGUUCCCAAAUGCAAGCCAAGGCACAGGGAGCUGCUGAGACCGCCAAGGAAAAGCUUGGAAUGAACAAUUAAUUAUAUGACAUUUUCCAUUCACAUAUUUUAGCAGCUCUACAUAUCAAAUUAUUUGUUAUUUACGUUUUUUUUUUUUUUCUUGUUGGUCUUUUACAACCAAAAAAUGGGUUGAUGAUCAUCUAGCUCUCAUGGGGCCUGUAAACGA